AUGGAAAGCACAGAUUCCACAUCUUCUUCAGGCAAAAUACAAUCAAACACCCUCCAAGAAGAAAAAUCACACAGUUCUAUAUCCUUCCUAGGUGACAACAACGAAUAUGUCGUCAUAAAUGGCGCCAUGAUCCGUCGACACGUCCUUACCUGGCCCCAAGCAAAACAUGAAUAUGGAAAUUCCGCUGCUAUCGGAUUGGCAUCAUUCGGAUUAAGUACUUUCGUGCUUGGAUUUUAUCUUGCAGAAAUUGGUGGGGUUGAAGUUCCUAAUAUUGUCGUAUCUUUGGCAUUCAGUUAUGCCGGGAUAGUAGAGGCAUGUGCUGGUGUUUGGGAAUUGAUUAAUGGGGAUACGUUUACUUCAACCGUGUUUAUCAGUUUUGGUACGUUUUGGAUCUCAUUUGCGUCGAUAAAUAUCCCUACGUUUGGGAUUAUGGAUGCUUAUGCGGAUGAACCUGAACAAUUGGGGAAUGCAAUUGGGUUUUUCUUGUUAGGUUGGGGGAUUUUCUCCUGUAUGAUGACGCUACUUGUUAUGAAAACUACUUGGUCAUUGUUGACGUUGUUUGUGACUUUGGAUUGUACAUUUUUCCUUGUGGGUGCAUUUUAUUGUACUGGGAACCAUGGAUGUAAAAUUUCUGGAGGGAUUACGGCGAUUAUUAGUGGGAUUUGUGGAUGGUAUGCUUGUUAUUGUUCAAUUUGUGAUAAGAAGAAUACUUAUUUUAUUGCACCAUCACUUGCCAUUCCUGUAUUUACCAACCAGUCAAAUUAA